AGUUCAGUCAGUCGUCGCGGCGAUGUCGAAGCGCGAGCUGUAGUUUUGCUUCCAUUCUUCCCUUCUGGCGUGUGUCAAGUUUUUUUUUUCCUUCACUCUCUGUGAAUGGUAUUGUGUUUGAAAACGGGGCGCAGUUUUCAGCCGAAAUUCAUUCAGCGUUUUUGAGGCAAACAAAUUCGGAAGGAAAAGAAGCUUGUCGAUUCGGGGUUGUUCCCGUUAAGCUUCGUGCCUGUGACGGUGACUACGAAUGACCCCCUGAUGUUUUGGGAAAGAAAAAAAGUGUCCCAAAGAAUAACAGGAUCGCGAGUUUGAUCCUUCGGUCCGCGGAAAACAUGGUGCUUUACGUCGUGCAAAAUUGAGAGAGUUGGAUAGUGUGCGGGAGCGCGAGAGCGGAUCACACCCAUACACACAUACGUACGCACACACAUACACGUACGGGAAGGGUACCAGGAAGAAAGAAAGAACCGGCGGCGUCAACGUUGUCGUUGUCAGCAGCGAGCGCAGAAAAAGUAGAAGGAAAAUAAAGUAAAGUUAUUGAGUAAAUACUAAAAAAAAGGAAGAAAGAAAGCAAGAACAAAAUAGCAGCGACGACGAUUGCAGCGGUGGCGGCCACGAACGCAACAGCAACGCCGGGGAUCGGAACGCAGAACGGUGCCGGAGCUGCUGCUGCCGCUGUCAGGAAUAUGUGCGAGCAAAGCAUAAUCGGUGCCCGGGCAUCGGUGAUGGUGUACGACGAUGGCCAGAAGAAGUGGAUCCCGUCGGGCAGCUCGUCCGGCCUCAGCAAGGUGCAGAUCUUCCACCACCAGCAGAACAACACAUUCCGAGUGGUCGGCCGCAAGCUGCAGGACCACGAGGUCGUCAUCAACUGCUCGAUCAUCAAGGGGCUCAAGUACAACCAGGCCACGGCGACGUUCCACCAGUGGCGGGACUCCAAGUUCGUGUACGGCCUGAACUUCUCCAGCCAACAGGACGCGGAAGCGUUCGCCCGGGCCAUGAUGCACGCGCUCGAGGUGCUAAGUGGUCGCGUUCCGCCGCCGUCGAUGCAGACGAACCCGAAUCAAAAUCAAAUGGCCUACGACGAGGACAUGGGCUAUCGCACAAUGACCCGCGAGGAGGCGACCAUCAUGCAGCAGCAGCAGCAACUCACCGGCCAACCGGUGCAACCGACGCCCGGUCCACCCGGGAUGCCCGGCGGAGGUGGUGGUGGGGGUGGAGGCGUUCCCGGUAUUUUAUCUCCCCAAACGCCGACAUCGGGACUGCCGCCCGGUGCUGGACCCGUUCCUAAUUUGAGUCAACAACAACAGCAGCAGCAGCAACAGCAACAACAACAGCAAACACAUCAUCGUACUAACAGUGCACCUCCGGUUCCGCAGCCACCCGUUUUACCACCGCAGCAGCAGAAACCAAUCUAUGCAUCACAACAGAGCAACACCAGCACCAACAGUAUUACUUAUGGAAGCAAUUCGCAACCACAAUAUCAGCAGCCAAUAUACGUAGCAUCGAAUCAAAAUCCAAUGAUGAAUCAAAUGGCCUCGCAGCAGCAGCAGCAGCAGCAGCAGAUUCCGGUGCCACCGAUUAUGCCCAACGGAGCGGGAGCGGCCAUCUAUGCCACGGCCACGUGCUCACCCAACACGAGCAGUAGUGUGAACCCGACGAUCUACGCCGGCCAGCAGCACAUGAUGCUGCCACCGGGGGGUGGCCUUCCCGGACCCGGUCAGCAGCAGCAGCUCCCGAAUAAUUACGGACAAACGAACGGCGGCUCGGCGUACGGCGGUCAGCCGCAGUACGGCAUUCCACCGGCUCCACAGAUGCCAAUGCAACAGAUGCAGCUGAUACAGCAGCAGCAGCCGCCACCGCAGAUGCAGCAGGUGAACGCCCCGCCGCAAGCACCACCACCACCGAUGCCCCCAGCCUUCCCCAUAAUGACUUCCGCCAACGUUCCACAGCCUCCUGCCCCACCUUUACCACCGGCCACGGGAGGUGGUGGCGGUGGUGCCGCACCCCCUCCUCCGCCGCCCCCGCCCGGUGCGGGAAUGCUCGGCGGGAAGGGCGAUGCCGGCAUCAACUCGCUCGCCCUGCAGCUGGCCACCGCCAAGCUGAAGCGCAGUCAACCCCCCAAGACGGCCCCACCUGCGCCAGUCUCGACGGUGACGGAAAACAGCGGCAGCAGCACCUCAAGCGGAGGUAGUGGUAAUUAUGGAACCAUAGGACGGUCCUCCUCCGGAAUGGCCUCGAUGAUGGACGAGAUGGCGAAAACGUUGGCACGGCGAAGAGCACAAGUGGAAAAGAAGGAGCCGGACCCCACCGACGACGGCCAGUCGAACAGCGGACGCCAGCGGGCCUGGGAAAAGUCCAGCACGUUGCCGCACAAGCUGAGCAGCAGCAGCAGCAACCAGAACAACAACAGUGCCACCAGCAACAACACCAGCCUGAGCGGCUCCGAGUCGCCGAAGCCGUCGCGGAAACGGUUCGGCAGCGCCAGCGAGGAGACGAUACUCAAGCAAAUCAACGGGGACAGCUUUUCCCUGCCCAGCUCGAUGGAGCUGGAAAGCUUCAAGGAGGACAUUUUGCGGGAAAUGCGGUGCGAGAUCGCCAAGGCGAAACAGGAGAUCAUAGAAGCUAUCAAAUCCGAGUUUAAUCGGAGGUAAAAAUGUUGGCCAUCACCCUGGGGCUGGACUAAGGCUGGAUAGUGAAAUUGUCGAAAUUUGAAGAAAACUUCGAGGGGGGGUAUUUAUUGUAGCGAACGCGGGGGCAAAUUAGGGCGUUUUAAACGAAACAACACGCGAGUGAGUGUGCUGUGGAACAAACACUGUCAAGGUGCAGACACGAGUUGCUCUCUUUUAUAGGUUCUAGACUUGUGUGUAAACGGGUACUGUUUACUCUACACUUCAGUUUUUGGUUGCAUUCACGGUGAUUCGAUUGCGGCGGUGCAUGACAGCAAUCGCGUGCUGACAGUUAAAUCAGACAAUGGUUAUAUAUGAAAGUAUAUAUGAAAUUAAUGGUUUAAAUACUGGAAAAUAUACAACUAUAUUGAAACAACAAAAACACGAUUAACGAUUAUUACUGGGGGGAAGAAACACGAAGACACCUACUAAAAAAAACAGGAAUGCUAAAAACAACUAACCUAAACCAAUAUCAACUAGCCGAUAAAGGAGACUUCAAUUAAAUUGAACAUGCGACUUUUUUACUGAGCGCGUUUUCCUUCCCCUCCGAUGACGAACGAUGAAAAAUUAGUUAAAAUAUUUCGUCAUAGCAAAACAAAACUAAACUGCAACUUACCACGCGUUUCCAGGUAAAAACACCGAACAGAGCAGCAGUGUGCAUCAGUAAUCGCAUUUCAUUCAUAAAAUCAACUCGUAUUCAUUAUUGAAAAACAAAAAAAAAACAAGCUGAGACAAAAGUAAAAAAAAUCAUUCACAUUUAAUCUACCAACAAAUAUCUAAUUGUACGGCGUAAGUUUAACCAGAUAGGCAGAACAGAAUUUUCAAAAAAAGAAGAAACAAACAAAAACAAACACUUACACACACACACACAACAAGUGCGCGAGCUUGGUGAGUCUGAUCGAUGUGUUGUCCUAUUGUUUUUCCUAUGGUUUUUCGUUUUUCGACUAAAAUAUUCCAAAACAAAGUAAAGAAAGCAGCAGUUUACAAAGCAUUAGGUGUACCACGUGUAAUAACUGUUAAGACAAGUCUCUAUUUGCAAAAUUAAUUAAGAUGAAAGCUCGAAAGUUCUAGAUCAAAACACACAACGGCAACAAGAACAACACAAUAGAUACGAUAAUAAAUAAAGAAAACGCAUUAUAACUGAAAACAGCCAUUUAUACAAUACAAAACACACACAAAACAAGAAUGCUAAAAUAGAGAAGAAAAAUAAUACAAAAAGCAACAAAAUACUACUAUGAAAUAUCGAACUGCAGUAACCGUACACACACUAACACACAGAAACAAUAGGAACGAAGCGCAUUGUAUCGAGAGAGAAAAGGAGAACAUCUUUACACUUUUACACACACUCUGAAAAAGAAAAGAAAAACUGAAAUUCGAAGGUAUUUAGCGAAAUGACUAAAACAAACACUCACAAAACUGUCGUGAAUUCUUAAACUAUUGAGCAACAGCAAUGAGAGGGAGAGAUUAGAACGAAGCGAACACGAAAAUGCCAUUUUGAAUGUAAAUAGUCCAAUGUUCGAACCCUAUUCGUCUUUUUUUUUGUUCGGUUGUUUCGAUUGUGACGCGGAAAAGGCUUGUUUAAACAUGAUGCGACUGCUCUUGUUUUGUCGUCGACGUGCCUUUCGAGCUGCGAUGCUAUGAAAUGGUCUUUGUGUAUGCUCGCAGUUCAAGCGACUUUGUAUUGUUGUGAACUUACUUCGAUAUGCAGGGUAUUUUAGAAUUCUUUUUCAAUCGACGCCGUGCCUUCCGAGUUGCAAUGCUAAGCCCGAGUAGGCGGGAUAAAAAAAUGCAAAUUGAGGAUGUCGGAUUUGUUGUUGAAACUGCAAAAACUGACACAACAAAGUCCUGAGACUAACAUGUAAAUUAAAAAAAAAAUAUCUUGUAAUAACAAAGAUGAACCAUUCGUGUUAUUAAAUUGUUAUUGCAAUAUUAACAUUUGUUAUUUUCAGUACAUUUUUCUGUUGUGCUGUUAUUUCAACAACUAAUCCGACCAUCGUAAUAACAAAAUUUGUUAUUGAUGUUUUUAAGUAGAUUCUUCAUACAGCCGUCGGAAUGCCUGACGGAUUGCAAUAUAACUGAAAAUAAAUCAUUUAUUCGAGCGACAGACAGCGACAGAUUUUGACAGACUUGUAGCCGUCUAUGUACCAUCCGAGCAACAGUGCUUUGGAGAAGCCUUGUUUAGUGGCCUAUGCAGCCGAUACCUUGAUUACAAAUGUCGCGUAUUUUUUACGAUUUUGCAUUAAAAAGGGUGACAUCCGAGCUACGAUGCUAUAGGAAGAAUUUGUUAUUUUAGGUGGCGCAUACGAAUAGAUUUUUGCCGACUUUUGUUAAUCCUUCAACAUAUUAGUUAUGUUGCAUAUUUUAGUCGAAUUUUAAUGCAGUAAUCGCGUACCUGCCGAGCGAGGAUGUGUAGAUCCUGUUCAGACAUGUUGCGUACUUAGACAUAUUUACUAUUCAAUCGUUGACGUGCCACCCAAGUUGCGAUGCUUUGAACAUAAUACAUUAUAUUACACGAUUUUACACAAAAUCGUCGACGUGCCUUCCGAACUAUCAUGCUACGUGACGUAUUUCAAACAUAAUGUAGUCAGCGGUUAAAGCCUUUAAGGGUCCUACAAACUUCGCUAUUUAUGGAUAGGUGCCUUUUUGCUACAAGGACUACAUCCCCUUUCGCUCCUAAGUGUUUGAGGUAUGACACAGUGGGAAUAAAUGAAAUGAUUUGUAUCCAAUCGCCAACAUGUUUUUCGAGCUGCGAUGCUAUCGAAAGGGCUGAUCAUCAACAAACAUCGACGACAUUUUUGGAAUUUAAUGAUGCCUGAACAAGCUUAACUGUGUCACAAUCGAACUUUUUUUUCUAGUAUUUUUUGUUAGUCAUCAUUUUGUACAAACAUCAUCUAAGGAAGAAUUAAAGAAAAAGGUCUUGAGGUAAAAGAGUUUAGUAACCGACCCCUGGAGUGCACACUGAUAUUUUCAGUGACGUAAAAUUAAAUAAAACCUCACCGUGGACAAUUGUGAUCCAGUUAAAAAAAACCGUUGUACAGAACCAAUGCACUGCAUCCUACUUUCCCUUAUUUUAACCAACCUCCUCUACUGUGUAGCAUCGUAACAAAUAGUAAUCCUAGAACCCCAUUCUUUUAACCUAAUUCCGAAGCCGCUUUUCGGUGUAAAAAAACACAUUCUACGCAGCAUUUCAGUAUUUCCCGGAACAGCGCAAGUCUCACAACGGAAAAGUUGAAAUUUUAACCACCGCGAGAUGCGUUUCCACGCCAACGACGAAAGAGAAUGAGAAAAACUGAUAUUAUUCAAAGUAUGAAUAGUGAAGUAGGAAGAAGAAAAAGACUAUUCGACAAACAAACGAAAAUUGGCCAUUUAAUUGAAAUUAUGUUUGCUAGUUAAUACGAGCUUUUUUACGUUCUGCUUAAACAAACAACUACGAUAAUUAAAUUUGCAGAUCAUGUGCUACAGCAUGAUUCGCUGGAAAUGUCCAAAUUGAUGCGUUUUUAACCUUAUUUUGCCCACUCUCUAACCACGCAUUUAUCCCUCUGCUAAUUAUGUGCUAUGUUUUCUUUUGCGUUACGAGCCCCUCUAGUAUUUAUGUAAUAUGUAUAUUUAACGACAACAGAGAGAAGAAAAAGAAAACGUAACUUGUAUUUAAAUCUAAUGAUUUACCUAAAAGCUUCCUAGAGAUCGACUUAAGAUACAAACAAAAGAAAAUGAACUAACUAAAUACCAAAUUAUGUUUGACAGAAAAAAGAAAACAGCUCCAAGAAAAAAGAAUGAAAAUGAUCUACUACAAAAGAAUAAAAAACUCCGGCUAGACAUGGCAUAAAGUGAACGUUAAAUACAAAAGUAUGAGAAAUUACAAGUAGAACGUAUAUCUCUUAUAUGACUUUGUGAUUUUAUUUUUACUAUUUUAUUUACAGUAUAUUAUACAUGAACAAAGCUAUAAAAACGAAUAUGUAGGGUUUACUAAUUGAUUGAUAAGCAGCAGCAGUGAAGUACAGAAGUGUUUUUGAGUAAGAAGGUGAAAAAAAUGUGUUGUAAAACGAGAUCCGAGUCCCGAGUGACACGGAGAGAAACCACAGAUUGUCACGCCAAGAAGACGUCAGAAAACAAACACACACAAAAAACACACGUAAGAAACACAAACACACACA